AUGUGCCAAAACACGGGAUGUGCUGCACAGCUCUUUUUCUUUCUGUUCUUCUUCUCAGCAGAGUAUUUCCUCCUCACCAUCAUGUGCUACGACCGCUACGUUGCCAUCUGCAAACCCCUGCACUACGGGACCCUCCUGGGCAGCAGAGCUUGUGCCCACAUGGCAGCAGCUGCCUGGGCCACUGGCUUUCUCAAUGCUCUGCUGCACACAGCCAAUACAUUUUCCCUGCCCCUGUGCCAGGGCAAUGCCCUGGGCCAGUUCUUCUGUGAAUUCCCCUAUGUCCUCAAACUCUCCUGCUCACACUCAGGAUACCUCAGGGAAAUUGGGCUCAUUGGAGUUACUGCCAGUUUAUCACUUGGUUGUUUUGUUUUCACUGUUUUCUCCUAUGUGCAGAUCUUCAGGGCUGUGCUGAGAAUCCCCUCUGAGCAGGGAAGGCACAAAGCCUUUUCCACGUGCCUCCCUCACCUGGCCAUGGUCUCCCUGUUCCUCAGCACUGGCACGUUUGCCAACCUGAAGCCCCCCUCCAUCUCCUUCCCAUCCCUUGAUCUGGUGGUGUCAGUUCUUUAUUCAGUGGUGCCUCCAGCACUGAACCCCUUCAUCUACAGCUUGAGGAACCAAGAGCUCAAGGAUGCCCUGAGGAAAAUGAUGACUGGAUGCUUUUCAGGAGCAAUAAUGUGCCUGUUUUCUGGUGUGUAG